ACUAACUAACCUUCUCAACACUUUGAUUUUUGUUUUCUUAUCGUGGGGUCUAUGACUGCGCUAUAGUGUACUCAGCUCUCACUUUACCUGGAUUAUACUAUCUAUCUUGAUUGAGUUAGAUAGACAGGUAGUUUGUAACACCAUCGCAACACCACUACAUCAUGGUCCAAGUAUCCUCACUAGCAUUAGUAGGCUAUCUCGCUCCAGUGCUCGUUACGUUUCUGCUCUUCAUAACAUGGCUCAUCCUCGGCACCCGCCGUCGCCGUCGCCGUCGUCGUCACCUCUACGGCUCUACAUACCCCUACUCGGACGCCGAAAUGGCGGCGGCGGCGGGGGGACAACGUAAUCCCCGGAUGGUGAUCUCACAGCAGCUCAUCGAGGUACUUUAUCCGCAGGUGAAGUACAAGUACUGGUUGGCUGGGAAGCAAAAUGAGCAGCAGCAGCAGGAGGAUCUACCAUCGGGUGCGAUAGCACAAGUGAGAUCCACGCCCGGGGAUAAUACUUCCGGUGAAUCACCAGUGAACACCAACAUCAACGAUAGCCAAGAAAGAGACAAAGACACAGAAGAUGCAGAUACAAGCGGAGACAACCACCGCACGUGCGCAAUAUGCAUAGACCAGUUCGCGGAUGACGACGACAUCCGAUCGCUGCCGUGUCGACAUAUCUUCCAUACGGUGUGUCUGGAUCCGUGGGUUACGAAGAAGAAUGCGUUUUGUCCACUGUGUAAGAGGGCUUUGUGUGGGGUGAAGAAGGGGGAUAGUGGAAGUGGAGGGGAUAGGAGGAGUUGGCCUUGGAGGAGAGGAUCGCAGAGGGCGAGUGCGAGGGUGGUUUCAGUUUCGGUGCCCGAGGCGGCGGUUGUUAGAGGGUCGGUUUAGUUCAUAUGUUGCUUUGGGCAAGUUGGGGUGGUGAGUAGCUCUAUCUGGAGAUGAUUGGGGAAAGGGCAGGUCUUGGAGAGGACA